AUAAAAACUGGCUGUCAUAAGCUUUGUGUUUCAUACCACAGUUAUUUUUAAGCAAUCUGCAGAUGACCUUGUAACAGUUUCAGUGGAUCUUGUUGCAAUGUUAUUGUUUUUACUUUGGAUUGUGUAACAGACAGUGAUGGAGCAGAGACUGAAUGACACCAACCAUGUGGGAGGAGCUUCUGAAAUUAAUGCAGCAGGCUUGACACAUCUGUGGUCCCCUUUAGCAGCUGAAGCAUUGCUUUUGUUUAAAGGUGGGCAAAGGCAGAUGGUUACCUGUCACAGUGUGUGCAUGUCUGACUCCCUGUGGGUAUGUUGGGCAGAUAACAGAUGUUAUGGAGAAAUGUGUUUUAUUCGAUUAGGCAUAAUGCAGGAUGCCCCCAAGGAAGAAGACACACCAGUGAAGUUGGAUAAAAGGCUCUUUGAAGGUACCACACAUGUGUACUUUUUUGCUUCAUGUACCACUGCAUUAUCAAACUCUGUUAAUACUAUUCGUUUUAACAAUGUGUUUCUGAACAUUGGACAAUCCUACAACCCAGUUACAGGAAUCUUCACAUGCCCUAUUUCUGGUGUUUAUCAAUUUUUCUUUUCAACAAAUUUUGGAAGAGGCAAAACAACUAAUCUCUGGCUCGUUCAUGAUGGAAAGAAAGUGAUUAUAAGCCACACAGACAUGCCAGGUCACACUUCACCAAACCUUCAGAUGGCUCUACUUUAUAUAAAAAAAUGGUCUCAUGUCUGGAUAGAGCAAUCAUCAGGACAGUCAUGGUCAUCUCCAACUGCUCAUACCACUACUUUUGGUGGGAUACUCUUACAUGCUAUGCCAUAACGUGAGUAUGUUAAGAAUGGCAGCAUGGCUUAAGGCUUAGAUUAAUGACCUAGGCAUGAAUCUAAGAUAGCUGUUAGAAGAGCACUUGAGUUUUUAAACCCUAUGUGAUUUUGUAAUAUUAUUGUCUAUCUGAUUACAAACUUUUUGAAUGUAUGCAAUUAUGCAAAUUAAAUUUUUUCUUAAAAAAAUCUUAAAAAAUAUAAAGCAGUUUCUCCCUUUAUAUCUUGACAGAAAUAUUUCCAAAUUGAAUGUUCAUCAGGUUUAAUAUUGCUGCAAAUAGUAUAUGCUGUCUGAUGUAUAAACAAACAAAAGCACAAUAAAAAUGAAUGAUUAGCAA